GACAGCUGUUCCUCCAGGCCAGCAGGGGGCGCUCUGACAUUAACACUGUACUACACCGGUGUAGUGUCGCUCUGAUUGCGUUUCCUCUCUGUAAUAACAUCAUUAACUCUUCGUGUUUCUCUUUAUUCCUCAGAUGACUGUGCUCCCUCUGCAGUCCACACAUCAUGCUUCCACAGGGGGGUAAAGAGUUUAUGGUCCGCAUACGCUUCUUCUGGCGGCCGUUUUUCCAGGGCAGGAACCUGCUGCUCACGAACACGCUGAGCGCAGGAGGCAUGCUGGGGCUGGGAGACAUCCUGCAGCAGAAAUGGGAGACCCGCAAGAAACCAGACAGAGUCCACAACUGGAAAAGAACAGGUCACAUGUUCCUGGUGGGCUGCUCUCUGGGUCCGAUGAUGCACUACUGGUACGGCUGGUUGGACAGAGUUUAUGCGGGUCACGCUCUGAAAACGGUGGGCAAGAAGGUUCUGGUGGACCAGCUGGUCGCCUCACCAACGAUGGCUCUGUGGUACUUUGUAGGUAUGGAUGUCAUGGAGGGACACAGUCUAUCAGAGGCUUGGGAGGAGUUCAGAGACAAGUUCUGGGAACUCUAUAAGGCUGACUGGUGUAUUUGGCCGGCCGCACAGAUGAUCAACUUCUACUUCCUGUCUCCAAAAUUCCGCGUCAUCUAUAUGAACUUUAUCACCUUAGGCUGGGACACUUACCUGUCCUACCUCAAACACAGAGUCGACGGCCCUCCCUCUGCGGCGAUAUCCGACAGCAGCGACGUGGAGGUACAGCAGGAAGCGCUCCCAGCUUCCAAACAUCUGGAGGAGAAAGCUUAGAGAUUGAAUUCACUCUCACCGGUAAAGCUUGAAGGCAGAGGAGGAUUUCGCUUUCAUCAAUCCGCUCCAGUUUGUUUUGAGAAUGUGACUGAGCUCAGAGGAGUCGUGGAUCUCUGAGAUGAAGUGCUGGAACACUUUUCCUUUAAUGGCUGCUUUUUAAACUCGUCUCUCUUGGAUGUUUGUCGUGUUUAUGUCUGACUGAUGCGGGAGCGAUCAGGGAUUAGAAGCUAUUUCACUGCCGGCCACGUUGAACCAUCUGAUCGUAGUGAGAUCUUUUUAUAUCGACGUAACGACGCAGCCUCUAAACGUACAUUUCAUCAUCUUUGUGUGUUGGUUCAUCCAAAGAUUCACGUCAUGCAAAAUGUAACAGAGUGGCAUUCCUCUCAUUCCUCUGCCAUUUUUGAUCCUGAAUAAGUGAUAAUUAUUGAUGUGACUCAUGUAACCAGUUAAACUUUGCCUUAAUGCGUAGAGCUAAGCUGCUUCCAUGCCAAAUAUAUCCUGUCUGGUGGAUUCCUCUGCAGUACCUGAUCAAUAACUGCAUGAUUGUCAUUUGUAUUAAAAAUCAGAUCCCUUAUAUUUUUAUCAUAUCAA